AAUUUAGCAAGUGAUUUGCAAGCUAUAGAUGCGGGAAAUUGUGUAGGAAAUGUGCCUAAUAAUGCAUUACAACAGGCAACUCGUGCUACUGUGCCUGGCCAGCAUUGCGGUGAAUGUGAUCGGCUAUUCGGAAUAUGAUGCCCCUUCACGCUAUGACACGCGGAGAGGGGGGCAAGAGGGGCACUCACGACAGUACUACGACUACGGCGCCGCUGGCGGAAACAGGCAGCAAACGCCUUCACAGACACUUUAUCAACGUCCUGGUAGUGGCAACUAUGAGCCGGUCAAGGCCGUCUCACAGCAGACGACGAGUCGUGAGUAUUUGCAGCGUGCUCACGAGGUCAUUGCGGAUCGUGAGAAGCACAAGUGUCGCAUUUGGGUGCCGGCAGAGACGGUGUCCAAGUAUCCUUUAGCCAAUUUCAUACAGACUGACAUGGCCAACAAGCUGUCCUAUAUUGAGGUCUGUUGCACCGGCCAUACUCCCACCCGCCUGCGAGGCGAGACCGUCUGUCGACCCAUUUGUGGUUGCCAGAAUGGCGUUUGUCGCGUUCCCGGCGACUGCGAUUGCUACGAGGGAUUUGUGAAGAACGACAAUGGAAAUUGUGUGUUUGCCUGCCCAUUGGGAUGUCAAAAUGGACGUUGCUUCCUCGAUGGGAGCUGCCAAUGCGAUCCAGGCUACACUCUGGAUGAAACUCGCCGCUUUUGUCGCCCCAUUUGCAGCCGUGGCUGUGGCAACAAUCCACGUCAUAAUUGUACAGAGCCCGAGGUCUGCAGUUGUGCCAAGGGCUACCAGCUGACCAACGAUGGCUGCCAACCCGUCUGUGAUCCGGACUGCGGCAUCGGUGGCCUCUGCACGAACAAUAAUGAGUGCGACUGCGGACCAGGAUACGUGCUCAAAGAUGGAGUCUGUCAGACCGAUUGCUAUCAAAAAUGCAAUAAUGGAAUCUGUGUGAGUCGCAAUCGUUGUAUCUGUGAUCCCGGUUUCACCUACCACGAGCAGUCCACGAUUUGUGUGCCUGUCUGAGAAUCAUAAAAUAUUCCGUAAUUUAUAGAGAAUUUAUUGGUGUAAUAGCGUUAUACACGUACUUGCAUUAAAUACAACAAAUACAACAUGCAAAUUAUUCGUAUCA